UCAGAGAAGAGUUCUACAGAUUGCUUAUCGGCCAGCUUGACUAAAAAAACGUUCCUGUCCUGCGUAACAAAUAAAUGCAACUUCUUCCUCGCCGCCUCCUCAGCUAUGCUUUAGUGUGUUACGUUAUUCUGAGCUCUUCUUCUAGGAGGCAGCACUGAGAAGGAGGAGGGGAAAGCUACAGCGGUUGGGAAAGGCGGGUAGUUCAAAACUGAGCGAGGGAAAGCCUCAGCAGGCGCACGCGGGCAGUUCAGAGGGAGGCGUUGCUUCCUCGCUUAGGGCAACGCUCUGAGGCUGAGGCGAGCUGGAGCGGGGAAAGCGCGGAGCGGCUGUUGCUGCUUUUUCUUCAAUAGGCAGAGAGCAGCGCCCCUUCAACAUAGUUCUUGCCCUCAGUGCCUGCCAGUUCUUGGGAUGGGCUCGAAUUCGUUCUUCCCUUUUAAAAGCCCCAUUUAACCACACUCUCCAGUUCCCUCUCCCCCAAAUCUCUGCUCCACAUUUGGGGGGCAGAACAUGAUCUCCAUUGACUUGUGCAAGGAUUUGGGUGUGAGACUACUGCUGGUGAUGAAUUUCACUCAAGGUGAAUGAGCCCCUAAAAUUACCGUUUCUGUCAUGGUUAUUUUAUUUAUUUAUUUAAUUUAUAUCUGGCCCUCCCAAAAGGAGCCCAGGGCAGCAACUUACUAAAUUUUAGACAACAUACUAAAGAAAAAAUAGAGUGCAUGUAAUUUACUCUGCUGCUAUCUGGUUUAAUUAACUAUACUUUGGUGCUAAUUAUAUUUAUCACAUUCAUGAUUUAAAAUAUUUCAAUAUACACUUGGUAGAGUUUUUGGCUUGGUGUUUCCCCACACCCAUUUUGGAUGUCUUUCCUCCUCCAUUUUACCGCCACAGUCCCCCCUCCCCCCCGUUAAAAAGGUAUUCUGAUUUUAACUGUAAGGAAAACUUCGUGAGAAGCACUCCUGGCUUUCAAAUUAACGAGAGUAGACAAUCAUAUUCCUAAAUUCUGAAUAUCUUCCAAGCAAGUGAGGAAGAGGAAACUUGAUAUCUUGUGCACAGUUCCCCUCUAUUCUGUUCUAAAUUCUGAAAUCCUCAACAAACUGGUCAUGCAAAUUCUGAUAUGCACAAAUCAACUAAUCCGAGUUUUAUAGGAGAGAUUCUUUUUUGGACAGAACCUGGAGCCCCCAAUGCAUCUUAGGUGAUGCCUGCAUAGUUGUGGAGUACUUAUUUAACUGCAGCCUCCUUGUGAAUCCAGCAGAAUCAUAACCAGUUCCCAACACAAGAUGUCAGAAAGCCACUCAAUUCUAUCUAGUAUUCUUAAAAGAGGCAGACUGACCUCUUCUGGCAACAGUGCAAGAUACUGCAGCUUUAAAGAUUCUUGCUCCUCUUCCAUAUUUCAUGACAGUGGAUACAAUGAAUCAUUAAAAGACCCAAGCUUUGAUUAUUCUGAUGCAGAGCAUAAACGUGAACAGAAUGAAAGAGGCCUGUCUGAAUAUUCUAAACAUUCGCAUUCCAGCUUAUGCACUUCAUUGUAUUCCAUUGACGAAAAUAAUGCUAUCAUUUUAUCAGAAAGAAAGGAACCCAUUGUACAUACAGACUUCUUUGAAACACCCAAAGUUGCUAAAAAAGACUUGUCACUUCGCAGGAGAUUGCUUGUGUCCAAAGCAGCUUCUGUUGGUUCUUUGGGAUUUUCUGAAAGACAAGUAUCUUUAGGGAAUAGUCGGAAAAAAACAUGUUUAGCUCACUUUCUUAGUUUUGAUGAAAGAAUUUCAAAAUGUUCCCUGGAUUCUCCAAAAGAAAAGAGCUACAAGCCUUUGGCUACCAGCACUUUAAAAAGUGAAGACCCUACAUCUGGUUGUCAGAAACUCAGGCUUAUUUUCUCUCAGCAGAGGACUUCUACAAUAGAUGAUUCAAAAUCUAAAGGUAGUUUGUUGUCUGAACCAGGUUGUUUAUCUCCAAUCCAGCCUAAAUCAUCCAAAAAUACACCUAACAUUUUUAUUGACAGUGUUCUUACUAGUUUUAAUGAUCAAACCACUUGUUCAGAGUUAGCGGAAGCUCCUCGAUGCACAUUGUCUGAGACAAAUGAUAGAUUUAUCACACCAAUCAGUAGUCCUGUAGAAGGAUUUAACCUUAAUAUAGCUGAAAUAAAUACACCUCCGGUUGAAGAAAUAAGCAACUUGAGCCUAUUAACACCUGAUAGCAGCAGCUAUAAUUCACUUGGCUUUGAUAAAUCUGGAGAUUCCUUGUCAGAACAUGAGGGAUCUUUCCAAGAACUACUUCAAAAACGUAUUGAAUCAUCUAGCAUUCUAAACUCUAAAAGAAAGUUAACAAAGCUACAACGCUCAAGAAGAUUAUCCACUCUUUCAGAACGUGGCUCACAAUCAGAAAAAGAGGAAGACUAUGAUACCACUCUUGCUAAUUCAAAAUGUAAACUAAAAAUAGCUGCUGGUUCUAUCAAAGAAGAUGAUGAAUUGGUUUUUAAUGAGGAUGACAAUAAAUGCUUGGUUUCAAAUCUUGGCAGUCUAUCAAGAACCCCUGCUUUGCAAAUAAUGCAUGAGCUUUUUAUGCAAAACAGAAGUAAAAGAACAGAGCAAAAUGACCUGUUGAAGAAUAUUGAUGAAGCUGAUAUGUCUGUGCUAAAAUGUAUUGUUGCUCAACUCAUUGGCAAGAAAAUGGGCAUUGAAAAACUAGAUAUAUUAACAGAACUGAGAGAGAGAGACUUAAAACAUGUUCUUACUUUGAUUUUAGAUAUCCUGACCGUGGAAAGCCUAUGCAGUAUGUGGAAAGUAAGCAAAAACUGGCGUGAAAUUGUUGUACAAGAUAAACAUGCAAAUCGGAGGAGGAAGUUGUACAUAAAACAGCUGAGAGCUGAAGCUAAGAGAUGCCUGCUGGAUGCGGAAGAUGCUGCCACUAGACUUAUGAUGACUAGAUUUGCACUGCGACCAGUCCAGGCUCAAGCUAAACCUGUGGUUUUACAAAUGCAGUCCUCUUGUAAUGACUCUUUGACACCUCUGGGAUGCAGCCCUAUUCUUCAGUCAGCUAGUAAACAAGAAGCAUAUGUAAAGGUUGCCCAGACACUCUUCAGUGAUGAAGCUUUAAAACCCUGUCCAAGGUGUCGGUGUCCUGCAAAAUUCCAAACCUUAAAAAAACGAGGACUUUGUAGUCGGGAAGACUGCGCAUUUGACUUCUGCAUUUUAUGUCUAUGUGCCUUCCAUGGGUCAAGAGAAUGUAGCAGUUCAUCUGCUAAACGACAAAACAGAAAAGAUGCUCUGCCAGGAAGUGCAAAAAGCAAGAGAAACUUAAAACGUCUCUAAACAUCUUAGAAUGAAUGGAACAUAUUUUCCCUCCCUCUCAAUUCUGUUUGUAUAGGUAGCACUUUUAAUAAUUAUGCAUUUUGAAAGUAUUGCCGAUUAUAAUUUUGACCAUUAAUCAAGUUGAUAAUUUAAUUCUCUAUAUAAAUAUCCCAAACUUGACUUUUGAUACAUUUUUGAAAAAAGGGAAAAAAUUUUAAACUCUUUUUGUCUUGGUGUUUGUCACUUUGGCAGACACGCUCAAUGAGAUUUCAAUAAAGUACUUUCAACAUAGUUUUCAAUAUGUCUUACAAA